AUAUAUAAAAUUUUAAAAUUCCGAAAAACGCCUCACCCUUGCCGAGCACGCUGAAGUCUGAACUAUAAAACGAAGUAUCGAUUCUUCUCCUUCGUAGCUGCUUGCAGAAUUUGCUUCAAAGUUAACGGCUCAGGCUCUCUGCCUUCUACUUGAGGCUAUUUGGAGAUGGAGAGAGGUUUCGUAGGGUUGAGUGCAAAGGAUUCUGUUAUUGUGAAGGAAGAUUUUGUCGACGGAAACUACGGAGACGCCGGAUUGAUGGUGAAAUAUGCUUCGGAGAAAUCUGUACCCAAGCAUGAACAACAACAAUUGGCUGAUUUCCUGCAAUGCAAUCCUAAUGGAAAUCCUAUUGCAACUUCUCAUCCACCUCUGGUUCCAUGGGUUACCGUCUUCAAUGACAUCUCUCCAGAUAAGGCUCAGGCCAUUGCAUAUCUAGCUGGGAAUGAUUGUGUUCAAUCUAAAAUGGCUCAACCAAAACUUAUAUCAUCUGCUAUUCCACAAGCACACAGAGCUUCCCUUGCUCGAUUUUUGGCGAAGCGUAGGGAAAGAUGCUGCAGGCUUAUGAAUGCAGCACCAUACAAAGUGGCAGCAACGGCAUCGGAUUGCGCUACUUCCGGAGCCGACGACCAUGGCUCCCGACUAUGCCUCCAUCCUUAACAUGUGAGAUCUCCUACGAGAUUCUCGUUCUACCAUGAAACCUGUAAGCAUUUUUAAUUUUUGUCGUUACUUUCUAGAACUCCAAUGAAAUUUAUUCUAAGCAAGACUCCUAAAAUAUCCUAACUACUGAUUUAAAUUAAUCAGUAUUGUGCUGACAACACAUCAAAUAUAUGAAUUGUCAGCAUAUAGCUUGAAUGAAUACAACAUAUGCGAUUAUUACACUGUGUUGUCGGUUUAUCUUUUAAAUGUGAUAGUUUUAAAUAUUAA